AUCUCAAUCAGAUUCACAGAAAAUCUCACGCAUAGCUGGUCUUUGAACUUGGCAUCUCUGUGAAAAUGUCUGAAAUAAACUAUUGACCCACUAGCUGAAGAGCAAUUUGACAAAAAUUACAUGUGUGCUGCUGUAUUGUUGAUAGAGCAAAUUAAAAAACAAAUCGUUGAUUAUUUUGUAGUACUACCUAACUUGAUGUGUACAAUGUAAUCUGACUUUAACAGCUUUCCUGUUCACUGUCACUUCCGCAUCUAUUAGUUUCCUGAAAGCUGUACAUUUACAUGUAUGUACAUCUGAGAGAACGGCCAGAAUAUAUCCUGUCCUUAUACGGCUUUUGAUAUGAAGCUUCUCGAUUUGGAGUUUUUUUGUACUCGUAUUCAUUUCUGGAAUUACAUGUAAUUUCUAGACUUUUGAGUUAUUCACAGUUUGUUGUGAAAUGUACAAUGUAGCGCAUUAUUGUAGUUUGCUGAAACGACCGACUUGUAGCAUCCCAUGAGGAUUUCAGCUCUAACAAUUGGACGUCAAAACUCAUAAGAUGCCAGGCAGAAUGCAUCUCACGUUUCAACUCUUGUAGCGUCAAGGAAGCCAGGGGGUUCGUGUUCAAGAGCCAUUGAUGAGCCAUCGCUGAGCGAUUGCUGAUCAAACAGGGUGGAUGACUGAGGGUCAGAGCAUCGUCAUCUAGAAGCAGAUAAACAAGAUAGGGGCUGGGCGUGCUGGGAGGAAACGGUCACCAUGGCGACAGCCUUCUUGCAAGAUGGGGUGGGGUUGGAAGACAUGGCUAAACUGCAAGAGCUGCACGAGGGCAGCAUACUGGAGAAUAUCCAGCGUCGCUACGAUAAAGACAGGAUUUAUACAUACAUAGGUUCUAUUCUUUGUGCUGUCAACCCUUACAAGACCAUCCCUGGUAUAUACGGGGAUGACAUCAUGCAAGCGUAUAAUAAGAGGCAUAUCGGAGAAUGUCCUCCCCACAUCUUUGCUAUUGCCAAUGACUGCUACUACUCUAUGUGGAAAAAGGGAGAAAACCAGUGUGUCUUGAUUAGUGGUGAAAGCGGAGCUGGUAAGACAGAGAGCACAAAGUUCAUUCUCAACUACCUAUCUGAACUGAGCCAGUUUGCCAUGGCGGGAAGGGAACAGGAGAUCAGAGUAGAAGAAGCUAUUUUACAGAGCAGCCCCAUCAUGGAAGCCUUUGGCAAUGCAAAGACAGUGUAUAACAACAACUCUAGCAGAUUCGGAAAGUUCAUUCAACUCCAGUUCACCCAAGCCGGUUCUAUAUGCGGAGGAAAGAUCAGAGAUUACCUGCUAGAAAAGAACCGUGUAGUCGGACAAAAUCCACAAGAGAGAAAUUAUCACAUAUUCUACUGCCUACUCGCUGGAGCUCAACAAAACAUGAAAGGAAAGCUACAUCUUGGAGAUAUCAGCAAGUAUCACUACCUGAAUCAGAGCGGCUGUACAUGGGAUGAUACACUGGAUGAUAAAGGCAACUUUCAACUUAUAAAUGAUGCAAUGAAGGUAAUGCAAUUCACAGAUGAAAAUGUUGAUGACGUCUUUCAUCUACUAGCAGCUAUAUUACACAUUGGUAACAUCAAGUUCAUUACAGCCGGUGGGGCUCAAGUUGACAAUAUGAAUGCGGUGGAAACAGCAGCAUCUCUACUUCACGUUGAUGAAUACCAGCUGACGGACGCCCUUACACAGAAGACCAGAACGCUCAGAGGAGAGGUCAUUAGUACACCCCUUGAUCUUGAUCAGGCUGCUGAUUCAAGGGAUUCCUUGGCGAUGAAGCUUUACGCACAGUGUUUUCGAUGGAUCAUUCAGAAGAUCAACAAUCGAAUCAAAGGUUUUGGGACAUACUGCUCCAUCGGCGUCCUUGAUAUCUUUGGAUUUGAGAACUUUGAGGUGAAUCGAUUUGAGCAGUUUAAUAUCAACUAUGCCAAUGAGAAGCUUCAGGAGUAUUUCAACAAACACAUUUUCUCUUUGGAGCAACACGAGUAUGCAGCUGAGGGUUUGGAAUGGGUCGACAUUGCGUACCAGGACAACGGAGAAUGUUUGGACCUGGUAGAGAAGAAACUUGGAAUCUUAUCGUUGAUCGAUGAAGAGAGUCGCUUCCCAAAGGGUACAGAUGAAACCAUGCUUGGUAAACUACAUGAUACACACAAUAAAAAUGUGUUUUAUGUGAAGCCUCGGGUAACAGACAAGAGGUUUGGGAUUCGUCACUAUGCAGGAGAAGUGUUUUACACUACUACAGGAUUCCUGGAAAAGAACAGAGAUACAUUCAGGGAUGACAUCCUACAUCUCAUGAAAGAAAGCAGAUCUGAUUUCAUCUAUGAUCUGUUUGAGAAUGUUGCUGAGAGUCAACAGUCAGGAGGAAGGGGUAAAGAUUCCAGGAAGAAAGCUACCGUUAGUGCUCAGUUCAAGGAUUCCCUGCAUUCUCUGAUGUCUGCUCUUAAUAACUGCAAUCCAUACUUUGUACGGUGCGUCAAACCAAAUACUGAAAAGCAACCAUCCAAGUUCCAGCCCCAGGUUGUUUUGAAUCAGCUUCGUUACUCUGGAAUGCUGGAAACGAUUAAGAUUAGAAGGGCAGGAUAUCCAGUCAGAAGAUCCUUUCAAGACUUUGUUGCAAGGUACAAGGCACUGUUGAGCAAAGAGACGGUGAGGAAGAUGACGUCAUCGGACGACGCCAAAGAGAAGUGCAGAGUACUCCUCGUGAGUUAUGAUGAGACGAAGAAACAGUGGCAGCUUGGAAAGAAUAAAGCAUUCCUAAAAGAGACCUUGGAGAAUACGCUAGAGAGGGAAAGAGAGAGGAUGCUAGGAGUCAAAGCUGAUCUGAUCAAAGCUGUCUUCAAGGGACAUAUGCAAAGAAAACAAUACCUGCGUACAAGAGCCAAGAUCAUCGUGGUACAGAACAUCGUUAGGAUGCAUCAGAAGCGCCUUGCUUUCAUUCGUGUGAAGAAUGCAGCGAUCGUUAUGCAGAAGUAUGAGAGAGCUCGGAAAGCCAGGAUGUAUCUUGCUUAUCUGAAGGAAGAGAAGAGGAAAGAAGAAGAAAGACUGAGGGAAGAACAGAGAAGGAGAGAAGAAGAAGAACAAAGAGAGCUGGAGAGACUGAAACAAGAAGCAAAGCUGAAAGAGAUGGAAGAAUUGCAGAGGAAGCUUGAGGAAGAAGCUCGACAGAGGCAAGAAGAGGAAGAAGCUAAGAGAAAACAAGAGGAAGAACUUAGGUUGGCAGAGAUCGAGCGGGCGAGGGAAAUUGAAAAACAGAAGAUGAUAGAGGAACAAGAGGCAAGGAAAAAGGCUGAGGAAGAAAGACUUAUCAGAGAGGAGGAGGAGACAAGGAAACGAAGGGAGGAGGAAUUACUGCGAGAGGAAGAAGAACAGGAGAGGGCUUUAGAGGAGGAGGUUGCAAGACGUGAAGCUGAGUUAGAACGAAUGAGACAGGCUAGGUUAGCAGAGGCUGAAAAGGACAUCAUGCAAGAUUUUGAUCAACAAAUUGCCAUGUUUGAACAAGAUUUGCCUGAAGAUGUUUCUGAGAUGGAUGAAGAUGAGGAUGAUGACACCAUUUCAAGGAAGUCUGACGAAACACAGUACUUUGAGGGUUUCCUCCAGAUGAAAGCUGGAGGUAUGAUGAACACAUGGAAGAAGCGUUGGUUUGUCCUCCGAGAUGAAACCUUGAUGUGGUUCAGAACCAAACAGGAAGCAUUAAAAUCUGGAUGGCUUCAGAAGAAAGGAGGAGGAACUGGAACAUUAUCAAGACGUAAUUGGAAGAAGAGGUUCUUUGUUCUGAAGGAUACCAUACUCUCUUACUAUGAAUCUGACUCCGAUGGUGCUAAACUUCUUGGAAAGAUUGACAUCAGAACCGCUGUGCAAAUCAUUGAUAGCAGUGUAGGAAGAGAGAACUCAUUAGAACUGAUCACAGACCAGCGUACAUACCAUGUUGUAGCUGAUACUGCUGAUGAAUGCAGUGAGUGGUACAGUGUGCUGACCAGAGUGAAGAAUGCCAACGAGGUAGAGCUUCGUCUGAUGCGGGACGAGGAGGCCAAUUCAAAGAACGCCAUCGGUUCUCUUGAUGUGGGUCUCAUCGAUUCAGUCGUACCUGUCAAUGUCGUAGCCAAGCCAAAUGCCUUUGCCAUUAUCACAGCAGAAAGAGUGAUAAGCCUUGUAGCAUCAGCAGCAGAAGAAAUGAAUAAUUGGCUCACAGCAUUGACCCAAUACCAUAAGGGUCAACGAACCUACCGGAAAGAGGAGGUCAUCCUAAGCGGCUGGAUGACCAAGGAGAACACCACGGGGAUCGCCAGGGCCGGCGGCUCACGCAAGAAGCGUUACUUUGUCCUGACUCAGCACUCGCUGGACUAUUAUCGUAGCAUCGAGUGCCAGCAGAAGAUGGGGGCUAUCGCGAUCAACAGUCUCUGCUCCGUCACGGAACCGGACGAGAAGACACACAAGGAAGAAGAUGUGCAUAUAGUAAACGAUGCACCCAACGACUAUUACACUAACGGAAUCGAUAAUGAAAAUGAGAACCCCACGUAUGAAAACCUUCCUGUGUCUCCGUCGUUAAGUAACGGUUUUAGAGGGCGCAAGCUCAGUCGUGUCCCCACCUUAAUACGCACCCGAAAGAAAUCUAAGUCGUCAGGGCCAGAGGGUUGCUGGAAGAUUACGCUUCACAGUCGACGGACAUCCCUCAAUCUCUACACAGCGUCUAACGAGGAGGCAUGGAAGUGGACCAAUGCUAUCCAGGAUGUGAUCGAUACCAAACCACCCCUAGAAACACCCUUCCAGACUCUCAUCAAAGAAAUAAGGGAGGCGAGUGUGUCAGGCAAUGCUAAGGGAUUAGAAAGAAUCUACCAGCUCAACCCUAUCCUGAGGAGUACGCCCCACCCACUCAAGGCUCCACUGUUACCCCUUCCGUAUGGACACAUCAGCAGUAAUCCAGACAAGGGUUACUCAACCCUACAAGACGAAGCAGUGAAGAUCUUUCCAGCUCUACAGGGUUCACUGGACAACGUACCUGAUCCUCUACCUCUUAUACAGACAAUCCUCCAGACAGCACACGACCUGAAACAGUUGAGGGACGAGGUCUACUGUCAAGUCGUCAAGCAGACCACCCAGGUCCUCGAUCCUGACGGUCACAACAAUCUCCGCAACUGGCAGCUAAUUGCCUGCAUGGCAGCAACAUUCCUUCCAAGCCGCAAUAUCCUCAGAUACGUUCGCUUCCACAUAAAGAGACAAAUGGACCUGUAUCCAGACACUCAAAUGGCUAAGUAUGGUGCUUUUGCUUUGGAUGCCCUCAAGAGAACAAGAACGAGAGAAUUCCCUCCAUCUAGACAAGAGAUCAUUGCUAUCUUGGGUCGGAGAGAGAUGAAUGCUACCGUCCAUUGUCACGGUGAAGGCUCGUGUCAGAUCACAAUCAAUUCUUCUACUACUGCUGGUCAGGUCGUACAUACAUUGAUCAAAGGAAUGGGAUUGGAGAAAUGUCACAAUCGCUUUGCGCUCUAUGAGAGGAGUGGACAAGUGGAAAAGGCUAUUGAUGACAGGACUGUGAUUGCUGAUGUUCUCACAAAGUUUGAAAGGUAUACGGCCAGGAACUUGAGCGACAGAGGCAAACCCUGGCAGCUCUUCUUCAAACUCUUUUGUUUCCUGGAUACCAAGAAUGUGGAACAGGAUAGCAUAGAAUACAGCUUCAUGUAUGAACAGGCAGUAGAGGAUGUUCUUCGUAAUCAAUUCCCAGCAUCACAUGAUAAACUAGUCCAGCUAGCUGCUUUAAGGAUGCAGUCUCUUAAAGGGGAUUAUAUUGAUGGAGAUUGGAUCCGAGACCUGUCAUCGGUGUAUCCAGUGGAAAGGUUUAAGAAUGCUAACAAGAAGGAAGAUAACGACUUUGCUGGCUUCCCAUCCCUAAGCAGAUCUAGGAAAGAAGGGGUCAUCUCGGGAACGUUGAGAGGGCUAGGAGAGAAGACUCUGAAAAGGCUUCAAAAGGCAGCAUCAGAUGAAUCGAUACUUGAUACUGUUUAUGCGGAUGAUAUCUCGGCUACAACUACAGCGGUCAUUGAGAAGUGGAAAACCUUCAAGCAUUUCAGUCCCGAGCAAGCUCAGGAAGCCUUCAUGAACAUCAUAAGGCAGUGGCCGUACUAUGGUGCCCGUCUGUUUGAGGUUGAAUGUAGAGACACCCGGUAUCCGUCAGGUCUUUGGUUGGCUGUCGGGGUUGACAUGGUGGCCAUACACAAGCAGGGUAUGGCUCAUCCGAUUGAAGAAAUCCCAUAUGAAAAGAUCCUGUCAUUUGGCGCACCUAUCUUGAAUGAGUACAAGAUCGUGGUAGAAGGAAGAAGAGAUGAACUAACAUUUGAAACAACUCAGGUGUUUGAGAUCGCUAAACUGAUGAAGGCAUACAUCAAUGAGAUCGUCCGCAAACGACAGCAAGAUUCGUGAUUCAGACAACUCCCUCUGCAAACGACACCAGGGUACAUAAAUCAAUGUGGAUCAUUCCUGUUUUGCUUCUAAGUAAAUCAAAUUAAAAUCAUGUGUUGCUGCAUUAUGUUAGACAUUACACUGUUUCUAGUAUCACCAAAGUUGAUGUAAU